UUACUGUCCCGUCUACUUUUUAUUUUAUAUCUUUUGGUUGAAUCACUGUGAAAAACUUGAGUUGUGCUUCAGGAAAGGAAAGUUUUUACUGCAUAUUUUAUUUGACAAGCUUGAGAGUGAAGACAGAAUAUUUACAAUGCAAACUGUGCUGCUACUUAUUCUGUUUGGAUGCUCCCUCUUGGCCAGGUUGUUAUUGUAAAUGAGAAUCAGUUCUCAACUAACUUACCUGGUUAAAUUAAGCUUAAAUAAAUAAAUAAAACAGAGCUGUAAACAAACCUCCUAUAAUUUUUUUAUGAAAUGCAAUGAAAUCGGACCACUUCAACUAUAUUUUUAUUGUCGUGUAAAGCCAUGCUCAUGACAAAACAAAAAAAAAAAACAUUAAAUCUAUGUGGAUGAGAUCUCUAUAAAUUGGAAAACAUUUUAUUAGAUUGACACCAUGCAACUAUUUUAUUUUUAUUAUUCCCACUCCUGCUGCUCUUGAGAAGCUGUCUUAAUGUACAGUCUUGAGAAAUACUCAGCCUGAAAACUGAAGCAUAUAAUUAGCUUAUUAUCUUUGUUUGCUCACAAUCUGCAGGAAACCAUAACAUUUUUACUCCCAAGUGAAAAGAGCAAACUAAUAGGUUGUUGCACAGCCACAUGAGUAAGAUGGUAAUGAUUGAUUGACAGUAGUGCUAAUGGUGCUGUACAUGCAGCCCUUUUGAUAAGUUAGUGAUGUUGCUUCGGGCUUCGGUGCCUCCUGUGUUUUCUAUGUCAGUGGUUCCGGUCAGACAGAUUUUUGGGCCUGACGUCAACGCUCAGUGUCGUGUUUAGACUUCUCACUGCUCCUGCUGUUAACCCCUGAGGGUUCUGGGAUAUGUCUGCCUCUGUCUCUGCCCUUUAAAGGUUGUGUUCAUUGUAAGCAAGCACUGAAAAAAAUAGAAACAGGCACAUUCUUGUGUGAACUUCGAAGUUAUGGUUUACAGUUAGUGCUUGAUAGGGAUCAGCCGAUUUACACUAAGAGCUUUUCUCAUCAAGAUAUUAGUUUCAUUGUACUGUUAACACCAUUUACUCUUGGCUGUCCUUAGUGGUUCAUAAUUAGGCUGAGGACAGUUAUGGAGACACUUGCUGAUUCUAGUUUGGGCAUCGGUCACAUCACAGCAUCAUCAAUGGACAGAGAGCUGCGACCUGAAGAAAUGGAUGAGUUGAGGGAUGCUUUCAAAGAGUUUGACAAAGACAAAGAUGGUUUUAUCAGCUGUAAAGACCUGGGAAACUGUAUGCGGACCAUGGGGUACAUGCCAACUGAAAUGGAGCUGAUAGAACUGAGUCAACAGAUAAACAUGAAUUUGGGAGGUCAUGUUGAUUUUGAGGACUUUGUGGAGUUGAUGGGCCCAAAACUCCUGGCUGAAACUGCAGAUAUGAUUGGAAUAAAAGAAUUAAAAGAUGCCUUUAGAGAGUUUGACACUAAUGGAGAUGGUGCAAUAAGCACAUCUGAGCUUCGUGAUGCAAUGAGGAAACUAUUGGGCCAGCAGGUGGGUCUAAAGGAAGUAGAAGAUAUUCUAAGGGACGUCGACUUGAAUGGGGAUGGGCUUGUUGAUUUUGAAGAGUUUGUACGAAUGAUGUCUCGCUAGGAUCCUAAAAUGAUGGGUCCUCAAUGUGAAGCUGUGUCCUUUACAAUACUUGACCAAGUAAAACCAAGGACAUGUCAAGAUCUCUGAGCCAUCCAAAUGAAUGACACUGGAAUUAAUCUCCUCAAAUGUUACGGAGCGAGGAGCCACCUCACACUUUCAGUCAACAAGUGUUCUUCCUGAAAAGUCUCCAGUUCAACUGAGGCAGAAUUUGCUGUAGCCUAGCUGAUGAUUGUCCAACUUAUGUUUUUGCACUUUAAUUCUCACUUAAUAACUUCCUGUAUGAGUAGGUCGUCAAUGUCUUGUCUCAUCCUCGGCAUGGUAUAAUUAAGUGUCAUGUGCAACAAAGUCAGGACGAGUGUGAAUGUCUGUAGAUAAGAUAUAAAGAUAAGUGCACUGUAAAACAUUUUCUUAAAUUUUCACACAAUAUGUGCAAACUUUUUGUUGCAUUACAAACUGUAAUUUGAAUGUCUUCUGUGUGACAUUGGUGCUCCACCAAGUACCUGUGUGGCAAUAUCACACCUGUAUUGUAACCGUGUGACCAUCUGUGAUUUUCCACUGUAGCGUCACUGUCUUAUUAAAAUGAGUAAUUAAGAAGCAGAGCUGAUUUCAGUGAGACACGACUGAAAUCCCCUCCCUGAGGAAUUGAAACAGUAUUUACAAGGUGCACAUCUUUCUGUCAAAGCAUGAAUGCAGAAAAACCGAAGUGCUCACUAAAAAACCUGUGCUGUGUAAAUGUAUCAACCUUGAAUUGUCUUUAGAUGCUCACAGGUCCCCAGAGUUUUCAGUCUUCUUUAGAAAUAAGUAAUGUCUUUAAUUUAAUGCCUACGUCACUCCAUCUGAGAUCAUAACGCAGGAAUGACAUAUGUGAACUGUACUAACAGUGGACGUGGUUAUGUUGUACCUGUACUGUAUGUUACUGUCAGUCUGAUUGUAGUUGUGGUAACAUUCCACAAAUAUAUGUUGUUAAAGCAAUUUUUAUGCAUGCCAAAGAGGGAGAUUUAUUAAAUUCAGUAUGCACAUUUGCAUUUUUGUCUUACAAAGUAAACAGAAUAUUUCGCCAAGUUAACUGUAGAAAAAUAAAAGGUGUUUACAUUUGAACCACUUUCUCUGGCAAUGGUUAAUUGUAAGAAAAUGGCUAUAUCAUGGAAAAUACUUUGAAUUUGUUUUUUUAAUUGUUUAUUAAACAUAAAAAUAUAUACUAAAUAGAAAUAUGAUUACCACAGCUUGAUUUAUUAAUGACAUUAAAUUUCUUCUAUGAUGUCUAUGUCAAAAUAUGUUUAUCAAACAUAUAAGAACAGGAGACUACACUGUGUUUUCACCAUCCAUCUUAAGGACAAAUCUCCUCUUAGUAUCUAUUAUUUAUACGUAACUGCAAGCAGAGUAAGCGUUACCUGCAGCCACACAGCUGAGGCAUCACUUCUCUAGUCUUUGUGUCUCCUCAUGUGGCCUUUACAUAAUUCUACUUAGAUUUACAUUCCUACAAACAUAUUCAGGAGUACUUAAUGCAGUAGAAAUACAGAUGUGUUUAUUAAGACAUGCCCUCUUGCUGUAAUAAAACAGCUGAGACAGGAACAA